AUGCGAGUAUUUGGAGAGUCGUUCAUGUGUAAAACACAUUUGCCUCCGAGCUACGAUGAAUGUUCGUUUGUAAGGGAUCUCUCUUUCCUCGUAAUGCCGGUGAAAAAAGGCCUCGUGGCCCCUCAGAACAUCUUUAUUCAAACAAUUAUCAAGAAAUUCGACGGGUCGCGUAAGUUUAUUGUUAGAAAAUAUACAGGCGUUUCGUUUACAUGUAUUCAUACAAAACUUCACUUCUCAACAAUAGUGAGCUGUUAUUUUUAAUUCAUAUUGCUUUUAAUUCGUGUAGCGGACCGAAACUUUGUCCUGGGUAACGCUCAAGUGGCCGAUCUUCCUAUUAUUUAUUGCAACGACGGGUUUUGUGAGCUGACAGGGUAUAGUCGAGCGGAAUUGGUUCAAAAACAUUGCAGUUGUGACUUCCUUUGCGGCGAGAAGACGAACGAGUACUCUGCUCGAGAGGUGAAAGCUGCUCUCAGGGGACAUGAAGAGAAACACGUGGAGAUCCUCUAUUACAGAAAAGAUGGUAAGGUCAGAAAGGUGCAUCGACGUUUCUAACAGAGCAAAGAGUUAUCGGGAAACAAAAGCAAAAAAGUGGUUGAAAAGCCGCGGCAUGUGCUAAUGGUAGCGCUAGCUGAAACUUGUCAAAUUUUUUCUGAUCGUCUGUUAAUUAGGGUGAGAAAGAACGUUGGCGAAAAAAAGUCAACACAACGUUGGUUUGGAUAGCGUUGAAUACAAUAAAUAUUUUAUAACUUGGAUAUGAUCGCCGCUAAAAGUGACAUACACCCGCAGAGUAAAUGAUAAAUUUUCAAUUUCACUGCACUAAGCUCUGUUGGCGGUAACUCGUUGUUUGUAAGCUUGAAUUAAAUUAAGAAUCACUCGUGUGCCGUCUAUAUUGGACCAUUCGUCGAAAAGCAGCUGUACCUGGGUCGUUUAGGGAUCGAUUAUUACGCCUUUUUCAUUCUUUAUCGCGUUUAAUAAAGAUUUCACCAAUAAUCGUAACGCUCAUCAAAAUUCUCGAUGUAUUAUCCUCUGCCUGAGUUUGGCGCGCCAGGGUUAAAUUACAGUCAAUGUUUUUCUAUUUAUUUUAGAAGUAGCGUACAGUAAAAUUAACUGUGUUUACUGGCUUGACAUUCCUUAAUUUACGAUAGUAAAGAAGACAGAUUUGGUUCACUUAAGGAUCGAUCCAUUUGGCCUCAUAAUACUUUUUGAGGUAAUCAAAUCUUGCAGAUACACGUAAGUAAGAUCUCGUUAGGAAGGCAGAUGUCAUAAACAUGUGUUAUUUUAAAUUGCUAAAUUGUCUUCCUCAAAUGUGUGUUCUCUUAAUUGCGACGCUUUUGUCAUGUUUUCUAAUUCCAUAGAUUCUCAGAUGUUCCAUGCUGCGUGUUUACAAAUAAUUCUAGAUUCAUGUCUUAUCAUUAAGAGUGAUGCCUUCUAAUUGAUCACUUGAAGUUUGCUAUGCUUCGUUUAGGGUGCAAUUUGCAAAACGAUGUUCUUGAAUAGGUGAAUUUCCGGUCUCAAUUAAAGUUGUUUUGCUGAUAAAUUCUCGCCGCUUUCGUUUUUUGUAAAGUUCGUACUAGCUUGGAAUCCCCUUUUGCAGUAACAGAGUGAUUUUGCUGCUUUGUAAUAUUGCUUUUCAUAUUUGAUCGUGUUUUAAAUUUCCGAAAUGUCUUAGACCGACGGUUCUGUUUAUUCAGGCACCUGGCUACAACCUCUGAGGAGCCGUUUAGAGAAUUUAGUAGUUCAACUUGAUGUACAAUUUCAGUUUUUGACCAUGAUAUUUUGUAUAUUGCCAAGAGAGAUUUGCAUUUAAAAAAGGCAAAAAGCUUUAGAAGUAUCUUUUUAAUUUUUUUUAUUUAGUGGUGUGACGGAGUUUGGUUAUCUGAUUAAAGAGAAAAACAGCUGUAAGUGAUUGUUGUUUUAUUUUUUUCAAUUACUUCAAUUUUUUAGCAAGCUUAGAGGCGAGAAUUUGGCUUCCUGCAAAGUUAUAACAGGAAAGAAAGUGAAAUUUUGUAAAUUAAUGAUCUAGUGUUAAUCCUACAGAAGAAAUUAUUAAUAUUCAUACUUUUUCAUUUUAAAGGUGAAAAAUCCCUAAAUGUUUUCCAAGAACUGUACAAAUAGAAUUUAGUUUGAUGACACUGAAUUGAAUUUCUGGAAAGAGGGCUUGAGAGACCUCAACAGUUCAUAUUUGUAGAAAAGUGUCAGUCAGUCUGGCACCAAAUUUUGAAUUGGAUUAGUAAUAAAAUCUUUCAAGUUUGAAAUAUGUUUAAAGUUUAUAAUUUUUGAAAUAUCUCUUAACUUGUGCAUUUAGCUCUAAGAAAAAAUGUCUAUGUGUAAUGGAUUAGCAAGUAAUACCAAAAAAAUUUAUUAUUAAUGAUAAUUAAAAAAGGAUAAAGAGGUGUUCGCUUGAACAAAUGGUUUUGAACCUGGUGAUGCAUGUUUUUGUAGCUUACUUAAAUCUGACAUUUGAUCCAAUUUGAAAUUUUUAAUACCAUAUGAUAGAAUUAUCAAUUCUAUAUAAAGCCCUCCUUUUAAAGCAAUUUAAGUUCCUUUCACUCAAAAUGAGGCCAUGUUUUCUUGAGAUUCUGCAUGUUCAAGUACAUGUAGGUUAUUCUGGUGUUACUCAAACCUUCAAAGGAAAAUUAGUCAUUUAGAGUUUAAGUUAUUAAAAACUGGGAUCUGAUGAACAGAAAAAAAGAAAAAAGGUUUUGUUUAAGUAAACAUGUACUGCAUAAUCAAAUUCUAUUUCCACAAUCAAAUUAUUUUGCGGUAUAGUGGCACUGAGUGAAAAUUGAACUUUUUAUAGAAGGUCAAGAGCAGUUACAAAUGUAGCAAUGCAUUGUAUUGGAAAACAGCAAAAGCAGAUCUAGACCCACAUUUGUUUUGUGUUAUGAACUGUUUUUGAUAUAAAUUUACAUUUUGAUAUACAGGCCAGUUUUAGUUUGACUUGAACUCAUUUGCACUAGCACUCAAUUGAAAAAUUUUUAACAUGUUAAAAGACAAUUAGUGUUCUUUGAUAUUUCAAAUUUUGUUUUAUCCCUUUUUUUCCAAAAAAAGAGCAUGGGAACUGGCAUAAGGCUGAAGAACAAGAAAUCGAAGGACCAUUAUUUAAAUAAUGUUUACAAUAGGGUAGAUUAGAAAACAUUUUGGUAGGAAAUGUCAUAGGAAAACUUUAACAUAACAGAAGUUGUCUUUUUAUAAGAGUAGAAUUCUUGUCAGUGAACUCUGGAAUUGCAUGAAUCAAUGAUUUGUGGACCUGAGGUAGAGCUGUUAUUUGAAUACAGGAUAAAUUCUAAACAAUGGCUUCUGAAGGUCUUUGUUGGUGAUAUGUCAUAGAAUUUGUUCUUGGCAGUUGAUAAAUAGAAGUGCAUUUAUCCUUCACCAGAAAGAAAAUAGGUAGGAUUUUCAUAUUCCGGCGUACAUUUUUCAAAGUCGGACAUCUUUUCAUUUUAUAUUUAACAAUUACAUUUUUGUUAGUCAAGUCUCAGUUUAGGAAUAUUUUUGUGCCUACUGUGCUGUCCUUCUAGGAAAGCUGUAGACACUAUGUUAUGGUGUUAGCAAGUCAGCAAACCUCCCCCAAAACCCCUUGCAGUUUUCAAAAUGGCAGACUAUUGGAGACACUCAUAACAACUCUUAUGAAUUUUCCUUGUUCAGUUCCAACACUGGCCAUCUUUUUUAACAAAUCUGAUCAGGUUUUUUUGUAUUCAUAAUGGUUUUUUUGGGUUUAGCUAAUUUUUUUUGCAGGGUCUCACCUCUGCAUUUCAACAUUGUUAUUGAUUUGAUGCAAGAGCUGCAUUGUCGAAGUGUUCAUAAAAGUGUGUUUAUUCCAAACAUACCUAAGAAAUCCUUUGAAGAAGAAUUUAAAUUGAAAUGAAAAAAAAAGAGAAAGAAAAGAAAAUAGAAAUAGAAGAGAAAAGAUUUGGCACAGCUAGGGCUCAAAUCCUAUAACUUCGGACUAGAGAGGAAUAUGUAUACACAGAGUGUAAAGAGGUGAAGUUUCUUAUUGAAAUAGAUUUGAUUCAUAUUUAAUACAUGUAUCCAUUCUAUCAAUUUCCUGCCCUGUCCCAGGCCUGUUAAUUGACCAGUGUACAAACUUUACUCUAAUCAAGUACUCCUCUUGUUACAAGUUUGGCAUCAACAAUGGCUGUUCAUUGCUUUUUUUUAUCUCAAUACUCUAUUACUAUGCACAUUACUGGUCAUCACCAUGUAACAUGUGAACUUAAAUGGAGGCUUUAUUUUCUUUUUCCUGCAGGAAGCUCAUUCCUGUGUUCUGUUCUGAUUGCACCAGUGAAGAAUGAAGAAGGAACAGCUGUUAUGUACAUAGUCAAUCACGAGGAUGUAACAUGGUCACCAAACAAAGAAGAUAUCACCUCUACAAGUAUGAUUUGUUUUUGUUCAAUAUAAAUAUAUUCUAUUAGAUGUUUUGUUGCAAUGUAGUAACACUGAGUAUUUUGUUUGAGUUGUGUGGUAUUUUAAUAAAAAAUAACCAGUAAACAUACUCAGCAAUACUACCCUCCAAAAGGUCGAAGAGGUUAUUUAUUAUUUUAUAUUUAUUAUUUUAUAUGCAUUCCUUUGAAACGACACCCAAGCUUAGCCAAUCUACAGCGCAAAAUAAUCAAUUGUCCAAAUAACCAUACAUUACUGCCAGAUAUUUGUACUUGAUUUGUGUGCUAAUUUUACUCUACUCUGUGCAGCUUGAAAAUAAGCAUUGCCACUACUGUCAAUGUCCCAAUUUCAAUACUUUAAAAAUUCAACUCAAAGUAAAAGAGGCUUGGGAGGAGGGAUAGGGAAGAUGCUGUACUCCCUCCCCACUUCCAAAAAAAGGGGGGUGUAACCCCAUGUUUUGCUUGUGCAGUAUGAGAUUGGUUGGGGAAAAUAUACAGUAUUGUAAUUUUUUAACAAGGUAUUUAAUCAGGAUUGGCAAAAGAACAUGUUGCCAGGCUAGUCUUUGAGCACAGCCUGGUCAAGUAGUCUCAUAAAUCAAUUAUGUACACAUUGAACACUUUUGGAACUGCAGAAGUUUGCUAGGACCAACAAACUUUGUAAAGGACACUAAUUUUGGGAAAUCUGAACAAGAGACAAAGUUAUGCAUUUAUUUUAUUUACAAUAAGAUAGCCCUGGCCCCCCCCCCACCCCUCCCACACCCCCCAAGUUCCAAAUUGCUCUUUGGCUUACGAAACAAAAGACCCCUAUCUGAGGCUCUACUCUCUUCUUUAUUCUUUAGAGCGUUGGGCUAAGAUUUGUUUUGUUACACUGAAUUUCAAAAUAUUGAAAUUGGGUAACUUUUCUAAGGGUUUGCGUAGAUCUUUAUCUAAGGAGAGCGAAACAAACUCGAGACAAGAAAACACGUGUAGCGUGCAGAGGAAGUGUGAUUUUGGCAAACGAGUGCUCAAAAUUGCUUUUAGGGAAAAUUAGAGCUGGUCGCAAUCUUUGAUUUUUUUCAGCGAAGGAAGGUUAGGAAGAGAAAGAAGUUUAUAUUAAGGGGCAAGCGACAGUCAGAAGGAAGGAGAGGGGAGGGGCGGGGGAAAAGAUUGACAACACUACCAUUAAUUGUCCUCAUUUAUUAGGUUAACCUUGGCUCUUGACUUAACGUAGUGUUUCAAGGCAGUGAAAAGUCAUUGGUCUGUCUUUUUAUUCUCACAAUUCUGUGAAAAAUUCCAUGUGAUAUGAUAAACAUUUCUUUUCCCAGCAUAUUAUUUCUCCUUACAAUAUCGCCUCUGAAUCACACACGAAGGUCUCGAGAAUAAAGGAAAUGAAACAGCCGAAAGCUAAGUGUAUACGUCAUGUGUUCAUUUUUUUCAUUGCACUUUUUCGGUUUCGUUUCCAGAAUAGGCUCAGAGGGAAUUUUUUCAUUUUUAUUUUUGAUAAUUUCCCACGUGUCUCGCUUGCGCAUGAGUUACCUUUCACUUGAUGUUUAUCAUGUUAGUAAGAAUUUAGAAAUUUUUUCAGAUAAAUCAAAGAGAAUAGAUCUGUUUAAACAAGUAACUGCGAAAGAUUUGUCGUAGUUCCUGCACUAAAGAGCUUUCCUGAUAAUUUUGAUUGAAUUUCCGUGAGCGGUCUGUUUUUACCCAGUACUUCUCCUUAUUUUCCUAAGUGUUUGAUUGUUGUGGUUUCUUUCCUUCCUUGGUGAUCUAUAGGUUUUCUUACGUAUUUCACGUUUCCCCUCGCAUCAUAGUAGAUAUAAACUUUUGGCUGAGAAAAAACGAAAAUAUCUUACAUAAUUGUUACCGUCCCCUCAGAUGUUGACGGUUCUGCCUUUUUCAGAAAUCCUGCUGGGGAAGCUCCGAUUUUAUAGCUGCAACCUUUUUUAAUAUAAGAUGAAACUACAUUUUUAUUUUCACCGCCAUUUUUUAUUUUAUUUUAUUUUUAAUGAAAAGGAAGGUGGCGAGCUCGUCGUUUUCGUGGAUUCUCUUCUUUUGGGGAGUGGGAGAGGGCUGAGAUCAGUUGUUUGAAAGGAAGAUAGAGCAAUGUAUAAAUCGCUAUCCAGCGGAUACGUGUCAACAAACCGUUCAGCAGUUGAAAGCGUAAUCCAUCCCUCGAACAACCGGGUGCGGAUCGCUUUUGUCGCGAAUUUUUCGCGCUUCUUUCAAUGCGAGAGGAAGGUGCUUGUUUUUCUGUAGACUGCAAGUUUAGGAGAACGAAAAAGCUAGGGGUGAAAUGCCAAACAGAAAAGUUUUCGUAAAGGAGAAGACUGACGACGAUUGAACUCAAGUAAUUUUGAUUUGAAUCUCUUCGAUUUCAUUUCUUCAAUUCUGCGGCUAACAGCAUGUGAACUUAAUGUUCUUUCUUUUAUCGUUCUAUUCUUUAUCCUGUUCUUUUGACAUAUUGUUUACCUUUCAACGUUAUUGUUAUUAUUGUUUUGGCUACGUUGAUUCAUGAAAUUUAUUUCUGACCGUAGUGAAAAAGAGCCUCGCACGAUAUACCAUGAAACCAAAAGUUUGACGACUGUCGCUGAGAAGGGCUGACGAUUUUGAAAUCAAUCCGUUCAAUUUUUCAAGUCGAGUGUCAGUUUUAUCUCUGAGAAAAUUAAUUUUGUGAGGCGAACUGGCUUAGAUUGAUUGCCACAUGAUAAUUUAAAAGCAGCUAUAGCCAAACAUUUAUUUAAUAAUUUGCAUACAAACUGUCAAGGAUAUAUACUGCUUUUAACAGAGGAUUUUUGCCCAUUUAUCUCGGUGCUUACGUCCUUAAAAAGGUAAGAAUUUAUUUACAUGCCAGUUGUAAAUCUGCCAUUCAGAGUCAGACCGGGAUCGAGAAUUUCUGAAAACACUUCUUUGCAUUGCUGCGAACACUGAGCGCAAACGAGAUCAGACAACGAUGUGGUAUGCUAUGUAGAUGAAACGGAAAGGUUUUUCUUUCAAUAAUUUAAUUUCCCGAUAUAGAAAGCUUUUCGCUUCAAAUGGAACUUAAGAGAGUGUUAUUUUUUAUUAUUUCAUCGUCAGCAUUUGAUUCUUCCAUCUCAGCGUUUCAUUUCUUCGUGAUAAGAUAAUUUAGAAGUGUAUUUAGAUUGCACUGGUUUAGCUUUAAAAGUCACUUUAAUUAGGGCUAGCAGAAAAUAAUCUAAGGCUCCCUAUAUGUGAGAAAAAUGUUUUAUUAUCUUUACAUUGGAAUCCAUGAUCCCAUUUUGUCGAAAGGUGACGGAAAUUUCGAAGGUUUGAAUAAAAAACUGCCGCAAAAUUCGAUGGAUUCUUACGUGCUUAACUGACUAAAUCUAACCGAGCGAACAGAUUAAUAUACCCACAGUUUUAUUUGAAAAUGUGCUCGUGACGAAACGGACCGAGCUUUGAAAUUGCAAUCAAUUUGGUUCGUCGUCCAGUUUUGUUUAUUUUUGUGAAACCAAUGUCAUCUGUGUUUUUUUUAAUGAUCUUCGCAUUGUGUUCGAGGGCCAAUUUUUUACUGGAAGGACCAUGUAACAAGAUUAAGUCGGCAUAGGUUAAUAUUUCGCCCUCAUGAACAAUAAUUCUUUAAGAAGAUAAAAAUCCUCUAAAAUAUAUCUUAAUUCUGUAUGUUUAUUCAGCUGUUCUCGUCCGGAUCUCCGUAGAGCGGCACUGAAGUAGAAUUGAAGUGUUGUAUCUGAAUGCGGAUAUUUACUAAUAACUUUUAAAAUCUUUAAACUUAAUACUUAUUGGACUUUAAAGUACAAAUUUUUGGUUCCACGGAAGCUUGCGAUCUGAACUUCUUGUACUCUAGGCUAAUUCUCUGAAAUGAAAUUCAGAAGCUAGAAGAGAAGUUAACAUUUACUUUUCAUGAAGGACCUUUAAAAAGGGGCUCGGGAUAAAUUUGAAAUAAUUCAAUCUCGUGGUAACAAAAGCGACCGAUUCUAACGAAUGAUUGAUAGGUCUCAGCAACGGGCCAAAGAGUGGUGGGAAGUUUCAAAAUUAUUUCGUUUUCUCGCAGUGGGAAUUCAUUAUAUAACUUUCGAUGUAUCCUCAGUGUUGAGAAAACUUCAAACCAUGAGGUUAUUUUUUUGACCUUCAAAUUUAGGUGCUUUUGUUAGUGGCGAAACAUCUGGCUCUUUCUCACACAUCGACUCAAAACCAACUAGCGUGAAAUAUACUUUAUCGGUAGUGCCUUACAGAUUUUAAUGGGAAAUAAAAACAUUGGAUUAAUGAAAUAGGCCCUUCAGUCCAAAGCUUCCUCGAUAACAACAAAUCAGAGGCCGUGCUUGCAAUUUGAUUGGCUUGCUUUGAAGAUAGAGUUUACGUUUCCACUCAUGUUUUGGUUUGCCUUGCAUCGUUUAAUCAAAAUACGACUUACUAAAGAAGUAUAUUGUGAUCGUUUCGCGUUUAGAAAUUCCCAACGAUACGUCUUCCUCUCUUUCUUGUGCUUUUAGUGGUUUGAUUAAAUAAACAUUUAUUCGAUUUCUCAGGAAGGCUUUUAGCAGCAGGUGAAUUUUGCUAUGAUGAGCCCAACCAGUUUUUGACGAGUCGGGCUGAACGUUUUUCGCUGGUAUUGAGAUUUGGUUUGUUAUGCGACCUUUCUCAGUCGUUCUCCGUUAAGAAACUGCUAGAAACACGACGCAUGAAAAAGUCUACUGCUAAUUCUUUUUUCUCAAAAUACACCAUGUUGUGUUCAAAUGAUAUUUCAGCUGUCAGCCUCAAGAAAAAGUGGCCUUUGAACGACCAGCCAAUACAAAUUUGAGAAAUUUACUUAUUGUUAGAAAAAAUAAAUUCAAUUUGGACUAUUAAAGGUGCCACGCCGCAUUUGGGUUUUACCGUGAAAGCUAUCUUCCGACGAAGUCGCUCGUAUAGACAAAAAUUCCAAAUCAAAACGGAACAUAUAAGCACUUGGACUUAGCGGUAUGAGAUGUAUCUUAUUUUCUUAAUUCUCCGUUAAAUGUUUGUUGUAUUUUAGUGGCGUGCAGUAUUGAAGGGGAUGGUUGUGGUUCGAACUUAACCAAAAUUUGGCGAUCAGUUAUUUACACAGUUGCUCUUCACGGCGACAGGCCAUGAACGUUCAGACGCUCUAUUUAAGUGUUUUCUAUCCUUGCUUUCGCCUCUUUUGAUUUAUUUUGAGAAAAGCAAGGCUAUUUAUCGAAUAUUUUAACUUAUAUUGUAAAAGAAUUUAGCAAAAGUUACUGUCAUGAAAUUUAGAGAACAGUCAAGUGUACAUUUUACGCUACAGAUUUUGCAGCUUCGAUCAAGUGAUUUAAAUGCUGCAUGGUCAUGGCUACAUUUGUUAAAGCGAUGGUUGUCGUUUUUCGCGAGUAAUUCCGUUAAAAAAUAGAAAGGGGGUGAUUUUUUCCGUCCCCAAACGUGUCAAUUGUUUAUUUGUGUCACAAUUUCUUCUUUUCUCGACCAUGCCCGUUGGCUACCGUCUUGUCAGAAUAUAUGUUUUGCAAAAGGUAGUGUUUAGACCAACGCGGCUUUCACCUGUUUCAGUAUUGUUACGAUCUAUGAAAGGCGUUCUAUACUUUAAUUGUUUAUACACUGCACGACUCGCAGGGUCUUGAAGUAAUGACCUUGGAAGGAAAUUUCAGCCUGUGGCAUAAACACUGAAACGCUGUUUUGCUUUUGCAUUCUUGACGACAAGAUUUCAUGCAAGAGAGCGGAAAUUUUCUGUUUGAAUUAGACUCAGUCAACACCACGGCGGAUAAUUUAGAACGACGGCAUUUCUCUCUGAAAAUUCAAACCAAGGGUAAAUUGUGUAACUUUCACUCUGGUUAAUUUAAAGAUAUUGCAAUCACCAACAGCAUUAAUAACGCUCGACUACAUCCUUGCGCCCGUGCACCACAUGUCUUCGACUUGAAAUAGGCUUUUGAUAUACAAUCAUUCACUCUGGUGUAGACUCGCGUAGGAGGUCCCCAACAUUAUUCAUGGUGGUAAUUCUCUCCUUUGCUUUGUUUGCAGAAUCGUGCUUCCAAAUUCCGCUACAAGUGAACAGAAUUCCCGCCGCCAUUCGGCGAAAGAAGAAAGAUUACGAUACAGCAGCUACGGAUGAUGAUGACGACCAGAGCCGUGAUCCCGAAACACACUUCACCUUCACGUCAAGUGGGGCCGCAAGUGAAAUAGAAUCCCCCUCGUUCAUCCCAAUCAUGAGUGUGGAUCCGCCUACCCCGACCGGGUCCACCGUCACCAGUCCAGUGAGAGAAUAUUCAUCCCCUCCCUCCACCCCUGAGAGACAAACUUUCCGCAAGUCGCCCAGUUUGAGGUCAUGUUCGUUGAACGACAUGUCGAAAAUUUCAGCCAAUGUUAAAAGCAGCGAGUCAGAAUCGCUUAUAAAACCGCUGGCUUCGGUUUCGCCGGUUUCUAAACCAGGGAACAUGUUGUAUAUUCCCGAGAUGAAGGGUCGACUCUCUGCGGCCGUUUCCGAGUCUUCGUUGUGGAAUUCUCGCAACAAGCCGUGGUUAGAUGGUACAAACAUGGAUUUCAGAGGUUCAACACUCAUCAGCUCUCAGGGUCUUGUUCAUCCGAGAAAAACAGAGAAAGUCGCUCAGGUAUGUGUUUUUACGUGGAUUUAUCAACUUACAUUUUUAUGCUUAGAGAUAGUUCCUAGCUUACAACAAUUUUCAGUUGAAUGAGAAGGUAGUCCAGUAUGUCUUUGUUUCCGCUUCGCGUCGCUUUGUUGUUGGCGUGAAAAACGCAAGCGCGCCAUCCUUACGACCAAUCAGACGCAAAACUGAAGAAGUCGAGUCCAGACUACACAAGUUUUCCCGCCCUUCGGAUCGUCUACGUGUCUGCACUCUUAGCUCUCAUUGGCUGCAUGUGAUUUCGACUUUUCCUUUCGAUUGGUUCCGGUAUAUUGUUUGGUUUUUGUUUUACGACACUCAACCGAAUUGCCAAAUGUCAAAUGCUUCAACUUUCAUUUGCAAUCGAAUUCAAAAUUGGAUUGGAAUAGAUCAUUUCCGAGUUUUAUAAACCUUCACUUUCAGAAUGGGGCUAAGUGCAAAUCCUUUCUUACGAAAAUGAGUUGUAUUCGCACGAGAACGAAAGAAACUUUUUACUAUCAAAAGCUUUGCUCUUACCGUCGGUCAAAACAAAGGCUUUGUGCGUUGCAAAAAUGGCCUUUUGGGUUCAUCGCCUUUAUAUGCCUAACUCAAACACAAUCAUGAUACCCGGUUACUGUAACUGUGGUCCCAAAGAGGUCAUUUUCACACAGGUACCCAACAACUUAGGGCCCUUCUUGUGUUUGCAGGUCAUGUCCCUGGGUGCUGAUGUCCUCCCAGAGUACAAGCUCCAAGCUCCUAAAAUCCACCCCUGGACAAUUCUUCACUAUUCGCCUUUCAAGGCAUUCUGGGACUGGCUGAUUUUGUUUCUUGUCAUUUAUACGGCGAUUGUGACGCCAUAUGUGGCCUCGUUUAUUUUGACCCGGGACAAGCAACAGGAGGAACGUAAUAAGAACCCGGAGACCCGGGAUAAUACGAGUACCGUCGAUAUCUACUCCGACCCCCUGGUCAUCGUUGAUUACAUAGUGGAUGUCAUGUUCAUUAUCGACAUUUUUAUCAACUUCCGAACGACUUUUGUGGAUAUUAAUGAUGAGGUUGUUAGUCAUCCAUGCCGUAUUGCUGUACAUUAUUGUAAAACGUGGUUUCUUAUAGACUUAGUGGCUGCGAUUCCUUUCGAGUUGCUAAUCAUGAUUGGUGAUACAGACCAGGUGAGGUUUAUUGGUUGUAAUACACAGCUUACGCUUGCAUACGACACUGACUCGCCUACAGUCGAACCUGAAUUAAGUAGCACCGUAUUAAGCGGUCACUCGGUAUUAGUAAAAUUUAGUACUCACGGUAAUUUUCCUUUCUGUUAAAUGGUUACCUCUACUUAGCGCCCGUGUUCACCCUUUACUGAGUCAUUACGGACUGAUUGUAUCAUGUUUCACCUGUAUUGAACGGUCACCACUCACGGUCACCGGCCAUUUCCCGUGGGUGACCGCUUGAUACAAGUUCAACCGAGUACUUGAGGCUAAUCGCACCCUGUAUAAGCUAUAUAAAGCAAAGAAGAGAUCCCGCAUUGGAAUAAAAUUUGAGUAUCUGCAGAAAAUAAGCCUAGAAGAAUUUCAGGUGUCGAACAAGUGGACCCAGGUCUAAAUUCAUUUGAGAGUCCAAGUUGAAAAUAGUUGUGGAGAAUGGUCUGAUAUAGGGUCAGCAUUUGGUAAGCUUGACGGAUCAUCCUUAGCACAAUUCCGGGAAGUACUCGCAAGGGAGUAGUUAACGCCCCCUCCCACUCUUCCCCUCCAGAAGUUUGUCAGGUUUUCAUGAUACUCCAAAGUGAGAGAGGCACUGGGCUCGAACUAGUACUUUUCCAUCCAUAGUGUACCACGCCCUCCACUUGGACAACACUUAUUAACAAUUACAAUGAUAACUGCAUCUUAAAAGACUGCAUGUACUCAGGGUUGUCUGAAAGCUAUAGAUCUAACUUAUCAGUUUCUAUGCAUUGUUUUCCACAGACAACGACACUCAUCGGUCUUCUCAAGACAGCUCGCCUCCUACGACUCGUCCGCGUCGCUCGCAAGUUAGAUCAUUAUUCAGAAUACGGAAUGGCAGUGCUCUUACUCCUUAUGUGUUCGUUCGCUUUACUCGCGCACUGGCUGGCCUGUAUAUGGUAUUUUAUUGGCAACUUGGAACUUGAGGCCGGUGGAAGCACGAUAGGCUGGUUGGAUUCAUUGGGUAAACAGCUUGGAAAGCCAUACAACAAGUCUGAUAUGUCAGCAACAGGACCUGAUUUGCAGUCCAAAUAUGUGACGGCGCUUUACUUUACUCUAAGUAGUUUGACGAGUGUAGGGUUUGGUAACGUGUCACCGAACACAAACUCCGAGAAAAUUUUCUCCAUUUGUGUCAUGUUGAUUGGAUGUAAGUUAAAUCUCAUUAUUCCUUUUUUUGUUUGUUUGUUUUUCCUAGAGGAGUCAUGAUGUGCGUCAUUUUUUGUUGCCCUCAAAGCUACAAUUAACAACAAAAGUAGUUAAUACAUAACAUCCAAUUAGGCACGUUUGUGGAAGUAUUUAGAAAUGGAGUUGAAUUUGAACUGCACUUCUGUGCUAUACCCCCCUAUCCUGAUCUAAUGUUGUACAGGAAAAACUUUUAAAAACCAAAAACAAUAUUGCACAGGAUAUGAAGUAAGGUUAUUGGGGAUGAAAAGAGUAUUUUAUUCCACUGAGGAUAUUGCGAUCUCUAUGGGAAAGUGUCAACAACUUUGUCGCUGAUUGAAGGAGACUUCGAAAAAUUACGUGGAAUGGAAAGUACUACAACGGAUUGUUGAUUGAAGAGCCUAAAAACAUUUAGCCCAAGUUUUUGAAGAUAAAGAAACCAAACCAAACCAAAGUCAACAACUCAGGUGUAGACCCAGCGGAUAUUGUUACCAAAACAAAGCAAGUGCUAACUCGGAAGAGUUGCAUUAACUCAAUGGUCUACAAAUUUGAAAACGGAUUUUUGCCAAAUGUUUCUUUUUCUCAGAUUCAUCGUUAUUUUAGGAGUUAAAGAAUAGCAUCUGAAGAAAACAUUUAUUACAUUAAUCUCUUUAUCCCUGCAGCGUUAUUUUACGCCGCCAUAUUUGGAAAUGUAGCUGCCAUCAUAGCGAGGCUGUACUCGACUACCUCCCGAUAUCACGCGCAGAUGCAGAAAGUGCGCGAGUUCAUCCGGUUUUACCAGAUUCCCAAUCCUCUUCGACAGAGAGUCGAGGACUACGCUCAUCACAUGUGGUCUUAUACUAACGGUAUUGAUAUGGAAUUGGUGAGCAUCGAUAACAAUAAGAAUAUGGAGUUGAUUACCCUAUAGGUCAUGAUACCGGAUCGCAUUAGCACCGCUGCAGGCGAUCACGAUGACCUUUGCCGCAAAUUCAUGAUAUACUCAAUAACUAUUUUUGUUAAGAAUUGAAAGGAAGAAAAACUUUUAUUGGAGAAGAGUUCAAUCCUAACGGCUUGAUUUGUUCCACCAACAUGGCGUCUUUUCAUUGUAUUGUGACACCAGUAUGGCGAGCGUGAAGACACACAUACCUAGACUCGUGCCCAGUCGCUAGUUGUGUUGUCGACGCGAGAGUAGCCUGGUACGGGCGAGGUGUAGCCUAGAAGUACUGAAUUCUUUAUCUAUUCUGCUUAGUACAAUCUCAGUGCGCCAAUUCAUUUUUAAGCAUUCAAAUAGCGACUGGGCACAAGUCUGGUACGUACUCUCUUUAGCAGAAGGAGAGGCAAAUUACAGUUAGCUGUUUUCAAAGUAAGUUUUCGUGAACUGUUACAUUUAUGAACAAAAAAUAGUGAACCGGAAUCAGGGUCACUACGAAAAAUUGCAGAACGGACAUUUUGAAAGAAUAGCUUCAGGACCAUAAUUACCUUGUGCGGGAUGAUUACAGCAAAAUUUGAUGUUUUUCUGGACGAAUCAUAGCUCGUGUAUCUCUCUAAGCACCUGAAUUGUUGCAGUAACACUGAACGUUAUGUUACAUAACCUCUGUUUUUACGCCUCACAGGUCCUUAAACAUUUUCCCGAGUGUCUUCAGGCUGAUAUUUGUCUUCAUCUCAAUUCAAGCCUUCUGCAUACUUACCCAGCAUUCACCUCAGCACCGAUGGGAUGUUUACGCGCCCUCGCCCUGCGCAUUAAGACCACUCACCUCCCCCCGGGGGAUUACAUUAUCUACCAGGGAGAUGAGGUGAAUCAUUUGUACUUUGUGAUACGAGGAACAGUCGAAGUACUCAGUGGUGAUAUAAUCAUGGCCAUUUUGGGUAGGUCAUAUCUAUUUUCUCCCAUGCCUUAAAAUUAAUGCAAACGUUCAGCCGGAGAGGAAAAUUUUUGACUCAAGAUCCCGAUUUACAGAGCGAUCCCAGCUAGGUCCAUUCUUCAUGAUUGAGAGUCCAAUAUUUUCCUCUUCGGCCAGACCUGACACAGUCAGUAAGACUUUGAUCAUAUGACCGUCGAUCUUUCUUUGUCUUCCCUUCUUCUUCAAGCUCGCCUCUCGCGGGGCUGUUCGUGCACCAUUGCUUAAGGCUUUUAUACGGGGAUUUCUUUCGUAAUGCUUUCAAUAAAAGUGCGCGGGGCCUCUCGGGUCAUAUGUUAGUAAAAACUACCAACCAGCCGUCCUGUAACUGACCACCCCAUUAAGGUUUGAUCAAUUGUUAGAAACUACCUUGGUCUGAAAAUUUGUCUUGGGGAUUGUUCGUUACCCAUUUAAGUAAAUUUCCUAGGUUUCAUGGUUACUAGAAUUCAGGGAAAUUUCUCUCAGGAAAAGAGUGUGCUUCGUUGUUAGUAAUCAGUGAUUUACGUUUCCUUCUUUGACAGUGUUCCUCUGGUGGUGAAGGAAAUUGCAAAAUUAAUUCCGGUCAGAAAUUCAAUCAUUUAAAACCCCAAACUUCAUACCUUCAAAACGCCAGAAUUCACAAGUCACAAAGUAAAAGUCCCACAAAAUUUUAAAACUACACGGUAAUUUUUAGCGUGAUAUUUUUCCCAGAACAUUUUCAUCGGUAGAACUUCGGUUUACUCCCUAUCUAUCUAUCUCCACUCAUUCAGGCAAAGGCGACUCUUUCGGCGAAAAUUUUGCCAUUGAUCCUGACAGGCCUGUGGUGAAUUCCAACGCCAGCAUCCGGGCUCUAACUUAUUGCGAACUGCGGCUUGUUUCACGUGAGGAUGUACUGCACAUCCUUAGGCAGUACCCGUUGUUCAGAGAAAACUUCAUUAAAGAUCUGGAAAUUACUUACAACCUUCGUGGAGACGAAUCAGAGGUGUGAUUCCUUUUUUUUUAUAUACUAGUAGAUGCUUGUGAAAUGUUGCGCUCUGUAUUUGCAUCAGGUGUUGAGAGAGAGAAUAGGCCGGGAUCGUCAAAUUAGGUCCUAACCCGUGUUGUUAACAUCUUCAUUUAAUUUAAUCUAUUGCAAAUUGGUUUUCAAAAAUCCUGUUAAACGUAGAUAAAAUUGUAUGCAGAAGAUUAAGAGUAAGCCUCGAUUACAUGUACUCGACCCUGUCACUAUCGUUCGUGAGCCAUGAAAAAUUUAAAGUGGUUACCUUUCCAAGUACAUCUACCGAAAUAUUAACGUAUAUUUUCUUCAAUCCUGGCCUAGCAUUUCCUAGAUGUCCAAGAGGACAAAAAUUGCUUUGUUACCAUGGAAACACACAUUGAUCACAAACCAAUAGCCUCAAAUGGUUCAAGCGCGGGCGCCGUUCCCCAAGGAACCACUAAUGUUUACAAUUCAAUGAAUGGACCUGUGGAUUUGGGGAGAGGCGAAAUGCAACCUAGACCCAAUAACUUAGAUCUUCCAUCAAACAGUGUGAAUAGCAAAAAGGAAGGCGCUCAAUCGACGUCUGAAAAAUCCGCUCUUGGAUGCUUUUUAUUACCUCAACUGGUCGGAAAGUUGGAAAAUUCGGAUAGCAAAUCAGAAGCUGGAAACUACACCGCAUCUCAGUGUGAUCAAGCUGUACACAGAGAAGAAGCAGUGCCGAGUAAUUCUUGUGCGGCUGAGACACAGAAAGGGGACACGAAUGUGUGCAAAGACUGUUAUAAAUCGUUCAGCUCGAUGGAAAAUAAACUUGACAAUCUCUCCACUAGAUUGGAGAAACUCGAAACAAAACUUUCUUCCGACGUGAAAGCGAUAUUUGAACUUCUACGCACUCACAAUGAAAAUGUAAGACAACGACAGCGGGACUAUCACACUCAGGUGUAAAUAAUUUGAAACAUGGCUGGACCUAGAUUUAAACCCAUGUUUCUAAGUUCUCAACUGUUUAUCAACAGCUAAUGAUAAUGAAUUGAGCUACAGUAGUUGGGUUUUUCAAAAGAACCUAUUGGUUUUCAAGGUGUCUCUAAUUUCGUUCCCAGAGAUCAUGCUCCCAUUGAUCCCUUGCGGGCGAGAAACGAGGACUUCGAGGUCUUCGUUUCCCGCCCUCAAGGGACCAGUGGUGUGCGACCUUUGGGAACGAGAUCGAGGUGUUCCCUUUUAAGUUGACAUGGGACCAUUGCGUUUGCACAUAAAAAUGUUAAUAUAAACUCAGUCAAUAUUCCUUCAUCUCGUUUUGUAAAUAG